UCUUUCACUUUCCGCGAGACGCACUAUCCUCUGCCCAUUGCGAGCCAGGUUCGGCUGACGCAGAAUUCAUGCCAAACGUGGAAGGUAUCAUUGAACUCGAUGCAAAGCUGCAUGCAAGAGACUUGCAAAGACUGUCAUUUCUAUGAACAGAAUCAGUUCGCCAUGUACACAGGUGUACAGAUACUCUUUUUCUACCGGCUCCCUGGGGACCAUCAACUGCCACGGAACAAAAUA